GUAUAGGAAGUUUUAUUGUGUUUGUGUUGCAAUACCAACAGUGAAGAGAAAAUUAAAUUCAAAGGCAUUCUUGGUGUUGAUGAAACGCGAUCUGAAGUGUUAGAAGUUUCAAUGUGUAAAUUAUUGCUUUUGUAUGAUGUAGCUAGAAGUUGUAAAGUGCUCAAAUAUUUUUUUAGUGGAUUAACCAAAGUUGGUUUCAACAUUAUCAUCGAUUGUUUUUUCAAUUUCAUGAAGCAAUAACCAAAUAUACUUUCAUACGUAUCAAGAGAAUACGUGCCAGUUUUUGGGAUAAAUCCAAUUGUCAACGUCCUCUUCCUAUGGAAUCACGUCGGUUUUCCGGAUUGUAUGCCUGUGUACCUGAAACUGCAUUUGUGAUUGUUCUAUGACAAAAUAUUCUGGUCCUUGGUAACUAGGUAUACGAGUUAAUCGAUUUUCAGGGAAAUCGGUAAUUGUUUCUUUUUAUUGCUGGCGCGUGGGAUGUGUGAUUCUUUCAAGCGAACACAUCGUGUUAUCAAAGUCAGAAACGUAUCGAUUCUUUUUCCGGCGUAUGUAUAUCGGAAUUCGGAUGCAGUCUUGGUAGAUGCCGAAAAAUAUUGAUGAAUUUUACUUUCCUUUUCGAAUGUUAUGAGAACAAUCCGAUCAUUUGGUAACCUGUUUUUAUUGUGAAAGGAGCCAUGUCGCAGUCUAAGCAACAAAGCAGUUUUUCCCAAGAAGCUGAGAAGUUUUUGUCGCAUUCGUAUUCAUCCGAAGACGAGUUCGUGGAAAAGUACAAGAAAUUUUACCAAGGAAACGCAAAAUCUAAACAACUUUAUCUCUUCGUAUUAAGUAAACUAGAAAAUUCGGUAGUAUCAGGUAACUUUGAUGAUUUAAAAAAAUAUGUCAAAGUAAUCAAUUUCGUCAGCGAUAUCGAAAAUCGAAAAACAUUAGAGACUUUGUACAAUGAUACGCAAAAUUCUAUUAAAACCACUAAUUUAGCGAUCCUAUCUUGCAAAUAUGGUAGACUAGAAAUACUGAAAUAUGUUCUCGGUGAUGGUAAAGUCUUGGAAAAUCUAUCUAUAAAUGUUGGUAAAAAUGUCAUUACACCUGGCGAUCGGGACGAAUCACAUCACGAUGCAUUUUAUUACGCUGUACUUUCUGGUAAUGUCGAGCUUCUUGAUUCGCUUAUCAAAAAUUGGCCCUGCGAUUAUUUUUCUACUCGUUCUGAAGAGCUAGAUGAGAUUCUUUCGAAAGUAUACGAGGAAUUAAAAUUAAAGAACGUGUCGUUGUCAGAGAAUAUGGAAGUUUUUGUCGAAAGUCAAUUGAUUAAUCUUCGUUUUUUCUCGAAUUCUUCUAAAAAAGAUCGUAUUAGUGAUAAAGUUAAAAUUUGUAAUAUCAUAGAUCGAGUUAAUUUAGUUCUAGAAAAAAUCGUUUUUUUGAAGUCGAAGUAUUCCGAUGUCGAGAAAUUAGAUGAAACUUUUUUAUUCGUCGCUAGGUUUAUUGCUCAAAAUAUUCACGCGCUCAAACGUCAAUUGAAAUUCACCUACGAUAGAUUACCUUGGGAAGAAAUCGAAUUUUGUUUAGUUUCUUUUAUUUCUUCUUACGUCAAUCAGCAAGAUAUUAAUUUCUUUUAUCGCGCCAUUUUGAGCAAGAGCAAAAUAAUUCGCUAUUUGGAGCAGUUCGCUGACAAACUCGAAGCUGAAAAAUCGAAUAUUGAAAAUGAACGCGUUAAUAAGCUAGCCGAUCUUCCGAAGCUGAAACGCGAUCAAAUUGUCACCGAUAUUAUUCGCAAUAGUCCCGAAUUUCAAGAUUUGUAUAACGAUUAUCAACGUAUCCGAGAUAUUCAUUCUUUGGAGAAAAUAAACGAGUAUUUAAACCUCGCUUUAUCAAUCGAUCCCGAAGAAAGACAAGGCCAAUUAGUUAUUAUUCGUGCUUUGCAAGUCAUCGGCGAGUAUUUAAAAAACACCUUGGAAUCUCCUAAACUAUCCUCCACUACAAGCGAGCUUCUACUUUUGUCGUUGCCCGAAAAUACCAGAAAAAUCGUCAUCGAUUUACGUAACUCGCUAUCUCAUGCUUAUUCGUUGCUUAGAAGAAGCCAAAUCGAAGAAAAUGCCGACGUCAGCUUUUUCACUGGUGUUCAGAAUGAUACGAAAAGAAUUUACGAUGUGAUUACCAAUAUUCUAUGCGAUAAAAAAAUCAAAAUGAUUCGCAAACUGAUGCAGGAUAUCGUCGAUAGUGAAAGUUUGCACGAGUUUGAAGAAAUCGCCGAAACAUUGAGCAUCUUCAAAAUGGAUAAAAUGAGCGAGAAUAGUUUCAAAUUGACCGAACACGAGAAAUUGGAAAAACUUGUCAACGAGAUGAGUAACGCCAUCUCUGACAAGACUUAUUACGAACAAAAUCUCUUUGUUCGAAUCAGAGAGAUAAUGAACGCUGCAAAAAACGAGUCGCGAGACUCCAUAACUGAUUUCAACUUUAAAUUCUCUAUGUUGACUGGUCUUCUGAGUUCUUUUCGGAUAGUGGUUGGUCAUAGUCUCGAUAGCAAUCAUGUUAGGAUACAAAAAUACGUGAUUAAAACAGCAUUGCAGAAUUUUUUUCCCGAAGAAACGUCAUCAACCAGUCUGAAAGAAAUCGUCGAAUUAGCUAUGCCUAUUUUUCAUAGCGCCGAAUCGAGACUACAUGGUGGUAAUCUACAACGAUUAAUGAAAUCCACCUUUGAAAUCGUUCAUAUUGCUGAAUUCAGAAUAAAUGAUAUCAAAUGGAUCGCAAAUUUGAGAGAAAAAUUACGAGAGAAAGGUGCCUUUACUUGUCUGCGUGAAGAAACCCAGCCAUCCCAGACUACGAAAGAAAAAUACCAAAAACAGCUUACACUGAAAUUGUCCGAGUUGAAAGCUGUUUUAAAAAAUGAUCGGAAAAAAGGCGAAUCGAAUGAAAAAACUCAUCGUUGGACGGAUAAAAAAUUCCAAGCUGCGGUAGAAACAUUGGUUCUGGAUAUCUUGUCAAUUUUAGGCGAAUCCGAUAAACUUCUGGAAGAAAACUUGCUCUUCUUGGAUGGAAAUAGUCCACUGCUGGUUGGAAAAUGCCUACGUAAUCAUUUAGCCCAUGGUAAUACCUUACUCGAUAUAUUAUUGUCUGAUCCAUCUACAGCAAUAAUCCUAAAUGCCGAAAAACUCGUUUCUGAAAAUAUUGCCAAAAUUAACCGAAAGAUUGGCAAAUUAGUCAAAGAUGAUCCUACCAAUUUGAGGGCUAAAUUCGAUCAAGAUCUCGUCACCGUUAUAAAUCAAUGUAAAAUGUUAAAUGCAUUAGAACAAGGUGAUUUUGAAGAACUGAAGAAUUGUAUCGCCAAAGGAGCUGAUAUUCGUGCUAAAAGUAUCAAUUCGUGGUCCGCGUUGCAUUUCGCUUCUCAUGGACCUAGUCUCGAAAUUGUGAAAUUUAUUCUCGAUCAGAAUUUAGACGUCCAUGUGAAAGAUGCAGAUGGCCAAAAUCCACUCCAUAUUGCUGCUGCUAAUGGAAGAAAAAAUAUCGUCGAAUUUUUCAUCACGAAAGCGGGCCUUUCUGCUAACUCUCCUGAUAAUUUCCGAAGAACACCCCUACAUUUUGCUGCUAAAAAUGGUCACAAUGAUGUCGUCAAAGUACUGCUGCAAAAUAAUGGCGAUACCAGUAAUGUGACUGAUUUACUGGGUUAUGCUCCGGUGCAUUAUGCUGUGCAACGUAAUCACGUUGAAAUUGCUAAAAUUCUGCUCGAGAAGGUCAAGAAUGUCGACUACGAGGCUUCUGCUGGCUUUACACCUCUACACAUUGCUGCAGAAUGGGGUAGACUAGAGAUGGUCAACUUUUUGCUCAGUUGUGGGGCAAAUGUUGUUGCAAAACAUGAUAAAGGAGCUACACCAUUGCACCCAGCUGCUCUGAAUGGUCAUUUCGAAGUCGUGAAAGCUCUAAUUUCGAAAGGAGCUGAUAUCAAUGCUAGAGCUUUAGAUGAUGGUACUCCUUUACUCCAUGCAGUGGAAACUGGUCGGCAAGAAAUAGUCAAUUUUCUAUUGAAGUGUGGAGCUGACCCAAAUAUAGCUUUAAAACUUCAUUGUGACACCCCUUUGCAUUAUGCUACCAGAGAUGGACACGAAGAAAUCGUUGAAGCUUUACUUUCUCACAAAGCUGAUCCGAAUCUUGUCACUGUUGAUCGUAUAUCUCCAUUGCAUAUUGCAGUCCAGAUUGGCAAUUUGAAAAUGGUAACCCAGCUUCUGAAACAUGGGGCAGAUGUUCGUGCUAAAACUAUCAAUUUCUUGACUCCAUUGCACUGUGCAGCUGAAUGUGGCCGAGAAGAAAUCGCUCAACUUCUCAUACAAAAUGGGGCAGAAAUCGAUUCUAAAGCUGAUGAUAAUUCAACACCCCUGCACUUAGCUGCUCUUAAUGGACACAAAGAUGUGGCUGCUCUUUUGAUGAAAAAUAAAGCCAGAGUUGAUAUCGAAAACGAGCUGGGUCUGCCACCAUUAUUUUUGGCUGCUAGAAAUGGCCAUGUUGACAUCUGUGAGCUCCUAAUCGCCCAAAAUAAAUCUAUCGUUGAUUUCAGGAAUUCAAUUGGUAUGACUUCUUUACAUGUAGCAGCUCUUGGUGGUCAUGUAAAUGUUAUCGAAUUUCUCAUUAAAAAUGGAGCUUAUGUGAACACCAGAGAUAACAUUGGCUGUACACCUUUACAUUCGGCUAUUCUACGCAAUAACAAAAAUGUGGUCGAAUUUCUGAUUGAAAAUAAUGCGAUGGUUGAUGCAGCACAAAGUUCUGAACAUUCGUCAUCGUUUUCACCUCUGUUCUUAGCUGUUCAAGCAGGUCUCGAAGAUAUUGUUGAGAUUUUAGUUGCAAAAAAUCCUGAUGAUGUUGAUAAAACCUGUGGCAAAACUCCUUUGAUGUGUGCAAUAGAACAUGAUUAUAAAAAAAUUGUUGAAAUUUUAAUAGCGAAUGGAGCCAAUGUCAACGGAGAGAACGGUGAACCUGUGCUCAUGGCGGUAGCUAAAAAUCGUACCGAUAUAGUGAAAAUUUUACUCCGAAAUAAAGCUAAUAUUGGUUUCAAAAGUGAUGAAGGCUAUUCGUUGUUACAUUUUGCUGCUACAAUGGGUCAUAAGGAUAUUGCUAAAGUUCUGAUAGAGAACGGAAUCGAUGUAAAUGGCACAACUUCCCUUGAUGUAACACCAUUGUACCUUGCAUCGAGUCAAGGUCACGAAGAAAUAGCAGAAAUUUUGAUUAGAAACAAAGCUGAUGUCAAUAUCGCUAAUUAUGAUGGUACUUCAUUGCAUACUGCUGCUGUAGGUGGCCAUGCGAAUAUUGUCAAACUUCUAUUGCGAAAUGGAGCAAAAAUGUUAAAAGAUGGUAAAAACAGAUUACCUUUGGAUCUGGCAGUUGCAUAUAGCCACUUGGACGUAGUUAAAAUCUUGCUACAGCAUAAAUCAGUGAAUAUGAACGCCAAAGUUGAUUCUUCUGAUUGGACAUUACUUCAUAUUGCUUCGCAAGAAGGUAACCUAGAAAUGGUAAAAUAUCUCGUGAGCAAUGGAUGCAACAUUCAUGCCAAAAAUAGCGCCGGUUCGAAACCAAUUCACAUCGCAGCUAGAGAAGGUUGCAAAAACAUUGUCCAGUUCUUUUUGAGUAAAGGAUUAAAAGUUGAUGAAUCUGGUGCGAAGAAUCAAACAUUACUACACUAUGCUGUAACGAAAAAUACAUUGGAAGUUGUUGAAUUAUUGAUAUCCAAAGGUGCUGACGUCAAUGUUAAAGAUAAUGUAGGUUCAACCCCGCUUCAUGUUGCCGCACUGAAUGGUUCUGAAGACGUCAUCAGAGUUCUUUUGGAAAAUGGAGCCGUUUACAACCCCAUUGACAAUGAACGUUUGACACCAUUGGAUCUAAUGAAUGAAGACAGUGGUAUAGUUGACAUCAGUACAAGAGAACUGAUACAAACUGCAACAAGUGAAGAUAUUGUGAAGCUAUUCAUUUCUACCGAAAACUUAUUCGAGGCCGUUAAAGAGGAAAAUCCUUCAGCUGUCAAAAGUGCCAUCGAAUCGGGAGCUUUCAUCAACGCCAAAAAUGCUGUCACUGAAACGACUCCAUUACAUUAUGCUGCUUGGAAAGGCUGCGUCCAAGUUGUUGACAUUCUGUUGGAAAAUAAAGCCAAUCCCAAUAUGGUUUGUAGUAAGAAAUAUACUCCUUUGCACUACGCUGCCAAGUUCUCAAAAUUCGAAUGUGUGAAAGCCCUGAUGUGUCACGGUGCAAUUUACAAUCCAGUUCCUGAUAAUGGUAAAACACCAUUGGAUUACGCUACCGAUAAAGAUGUAAUUAAUUUACUGAAAUUAACCGACGAAUGCUUUAAAUUGGUUAGAACCAGCAACACUCGAGUUAUCAAUAUUCUCGAGAAAAUGAAAGACAGCGAUACACUGAAAUCGAUCAUGAAUGCUUGUAACAAGGACAAGAAAACUCUGAUAGCUGCUGCUCCUCAGAAUAAUUCUGCAUUCGUCAACAGCUUAAUGAAAGUUGCAGAUGGUACUGCAUCUGAUCAGACUAAUGAAGCUAUCACCCUCGUGAGUCAAGGACGUUUCCAACCUGCCUUAAAUAUUCUCAACAAAUUAUUCAACAAGAGAAAACGAUUACUUGGACCCGAUAAUCUGGCCACUUUGAGUAUUCAGAAGCUGAUGGCGAAAGCAUUUUACAAACAAGGAAAUCACCAAACAGCUUUAGAGAUGCUGGAAAAUGUUUUUCUGAAACAGAAAGAAAUGCUCGGUUUAAAAAACAAAGACACUUUGGAAACAAGAAGUUACAUCGCUUUGAUAUUUUACAGACAGGGAAAAAAUAACGAAGCUUUGGAUAUUUUCCAAGAUGUUUACCCCAAACAAAAAGAACUUCUGGGGUCGAAUCAUCACGAAACGGUGGAUACGCAGUUCCAUAUGGCUCUAGUGCUGGAAAGUCUGGGUAAACACGCCGAAGCCUUACGCAUCAAUAAAGAAGUCUUUGAAAAAAGGAAAAAUCAGUUUGGCAUUAAUCAUAUAUCCACAGUGUUGGCUCAAAAUAAUAUCGCCUUGGUACUCGUCAGUUUGGGCGAAUACGAAGAGUCAUUGAAACUUUUCAACGAUGUUCUUGAAAAGAAAAAAUCCAUGUUGGGUAUUGGUCAUGCUGACACCUUAAGAACGUUGAACAGCAUUGGUGGAGUAUAUGUAAACCAGAAUAAACUCCCAGAAGCUGUGAAAACUUUUCAAGAAGUUCUGAGUAUUCAGAAAAAAACGUUGAUACAAAAUCAUCCAGAAAUUUUGAACACUCAAUGUUACUUGGCAAAUGCUCUAUUCGCUCAGGGUAAAUUCAUAUCAGCGUAUAAAAACUUCAAAGAAUGCUACGAUCAGAGGAAAGCAGUUUUUGGGUCAAAUCACCCCAGUGUUCUCGAUAUCGAUAAAAAGAUCGAAAUUAUCGUGCUGAAAUUCAAGUUGGAAGGCCGAAGCGAAUCUGAGAUUAUUCAGAGUCUUCAGACAGACAUCAAGAUCGCUGUUGGCAAAGGUGAUGUUUCCACUGUUAAAUUACUGCUGGAAGGUGGAGUCGAUGUGAACGAAUCAGAUAUCGAUGGUAGAACUCCUCUGCAUUAUGCUGUGAAUAAUGAACGUCUCGAUAUUGUCAACAUUUUACUCGAUAAUGGCGCAAGUCUCACUCACGCUACGAAUAAAGGUAAUACGCCUUUGCAUACUGCAACCUCAAAACGUAGUACCGAAAUCAUCAACGUAUUGCUGCAACGUGUCAGUCGUGACAAAUUAAACGAUUUCGUCAACGCUAAAACUACAUCUGCUGGUACCACAUCUCUUCACGUUGCUGCCAAAAAUGGUUCCUUGGAGAUUCUGAAAUCCUUGCUGAAUCAUGGUGCAAUGUACAACGUCGGCAACAAAGAAGGUAAAACUCCAAUCGACCUUUCUACGAAUCAAAAAAUCACCAACUUGCUUAAAUUAAUCGACGAUUUAUUUGUUGGCGUCAAAGAAGGUAGUGUUGAAGCUACAAAUACGAGAUUGAAAGCUAUGACGUCUGAAGAGUUUUCUGCUGCGACGAAUGCUCGCAAUUCUGAAGGUACUAAAUUAUUGCAAUUUGCUGCAGCGAAUAACCAGAAGAAAAUCGCCAACGUGUUGUUGGAGACGAUGAAAAAGAUCAAUCAGAAUUAAUUGGGUAGGUCUCGAUUGCUUAUUCAAAAUAUUAUUAGAAAGGUUAAAAAAAAAAAAAAAAUUAUAUCUAUCGUAGUUGUUAGGAAAUGGUUUUCUGCUCGAUUUCGAUUCUGAAAUUUGUUGGAAUAUAAUCUGAAAUAAAAAACGAAUUGGUUUUUCAAGUACAUAGAUGGGUAUCUUAAAAACUGAAGGGGAGAUUAGGAGAAAAAAUCAAUACAAAAUUCACUCGAACCCAGUUUUUUUUUCUUCAAAUUU